AUGCACUCUGAUUACAAGCUUCCAACCGUUGGAUAUAUUGAUCGUGUUAUUUCUGCUGAAAUUCCAAACAAAGACGACGAUCCAGAAUUGGAUGCACUUGUCAGCGAGUUCAUGAUGCAUGGUCCUUGUGGUAGUGAUAAUCCUAAAUGCCCAUGCAUGAUUGAUAACAAGUGUUCAAAAAACUUCCCAAAGACAUUCACAGAGCAUACUUCGGUUGAUGAAAAUGGUUAUCCAAUAUAUAGGAGACGUAAUGAUGGAUCUUUUGUUGAAAAGUCUGGUGUUAAGUUAGACAACAGAAAUGUGGCUCCAUAUCACAAACUGCUUUUGAAAAGAUACCAAGCUCACAUUAAUGUUGAGUGGUGCAAUCAGGGUGCUUCCAUCAAAUAUUUGUUCAAAUAUAUUAACAAGGGUCCUGAUAGGGCUACUGUUGCGGUUGUACCAAACAACAACGCAGAUGAUAAUGACGAUGUAGUUGACGAAAUAAAAAACUACUACAAUUAUAUGUCUGCAUGUGAAGCUUCAUGGCAUAUAUUCAAAUUUGAUGUUCAUUUCAGGACUCCUUCUGUUGCGAGGCUUCCUUUUCAUCUUCCUGGACAACAAAAUGUUGUAUACGGUGCUGACGAUGAUAUUGAAGAUGUCCUCAAUAAACAGUCUGUUUCUUCUUCGAUGUUCUUAACUUGGAUGGAGUGUAAUGAACAUAAUAAGGAAGCACGUUUAUCGCUUGAUGAGGAUCACGUUAAGAACUUAACACUUUAUGAUAUUGAAAUUUUUUUACUCCAAAACAAUUCAAGCCUCAAAGAUUUUGAUGGGAUGCCUUACCCUGAUCAUGAGUCUAUAUCUUCUUCAAAUAAUCGAUUGAUUACUGAGGAGCUAGAUUUUGACAGGAUGACUCUAUUACAAGAGUUUUAUCAGCUACUUGGUUCAUUAACAGAUGAACAAAGAGGUGUUUUCGACGAUAUUAUCACAAAUGUUAAAAAAAAGAAAGGAGGUGUCUUUUUUGUUUACGGUUACGGAGGUACAGGGAAAACAUUUCUCUGGAAAACAUUAUCCGCUGCUUUAAGAUCGGAGGGUGAAAUCGUGUUAAAUGUUGCUUCAAGUGGUAUUGCUUCCUUUUUAUUAACAGGAGGUAGGACAGCGCACUCUCGAUUUAUAAUCCCUUUAAAUCUUACCGGGGAUUCGUUUUGUUCUAUAACGCCGGAAAGUGAUGUUGCUGAAUUGUUAAAAAAAACAUCAUUGAUUAUAUGGGACGAUGCACCCAUGAUUCAUAAGCAUGCCUUUGAAGCUUUGGAUAGAUCUUUGAAGGAUAUAUUGGGUUGUCAUCUUCGUAGCAACUCAAAAUUGCUAUUUGGAGGAAAAGCAAUUGUUUUUGGAGGUGAUUUCAGACAAAUUCUACCUGUUGUUCCUAAUGGAAGUAGACAAGACAUCGUCAAUGCUUCAAUAAGUUCCUCCUAUAUUUGGUCAAAUUGCAAGGUCUUAAGAUUAACAAAAAACAUGAGAUUAAGUCUUCAUACAUCUAAUAUUGAAGAAACAACCACAUUUGCAAACUGGAUUUUGAAUAUAGGUGAAGGAAAGGUUGGUGGCUUAAACGAUGGCGAGACAAUUGUUGAUAUACCAGAUGAUAUUCUCAUUACAGAUUUAUCGUAUCCUAUUGGUUCAUUAAUUACAUUUGUCUAUCCUUCUAUUGUUGAAAAUGCCAAUAAUCCGAUGUUCUAA